AUGGAUGAUGAGAUUGAAGUUGAAGAAAUAGGAGAGAGAUGCAAAGGACACUUGGUCCAAUGGAUAAGUUUGCAACAAACAUCAAUCCAGAAUCUAGACCUCUUCCAACUAGCUAGGCAACAAAAUAUCAAUGAUGCUCUUUGGAAGGAGAAGCUACAUAAGGUUCAACAAUAUAUUUCUAGGUGGGUGUAUGCUUCAGGUGUUCCCUUCAACUCUAUCGCAAACGAUGAGUUUAAAAUGAUGGUUGAAGCUAUAGGACAGUUUGGUCCAGGCGUCACACCACCAAAGAGUUUAGAUGAGGCUCAUACAGGUGGAUAUAUUUUUGAGUAUGUUAAAGGAUGCAUUGAGGAGAUUGGUGAAGAGAAUGUAGUUCAAGUGGUAACUGAUAACGCCGCUAACAAUAUGUCUGCCGCAAAGAUAAUGAAAGAGAUCAAGCCAAGUAUCUUUUGGACAUCAUGUGGUACUCACUCCAUCAACUUGAUGCUUGAAAGCAUAUCAAGACUCCCAAGGUUCAAAAGUACAAUUCAAAUGGCGAAAGAAUUCACAAUCUUCAUGUAUGCUCAUCAUAAGACAUUGGCGAUGAUGAGAUCAUUCACAAAUAAGAGAGAUAUCGUUAGGCCCGGAUUUACUAGAUUUGCAUCAUCGUUUCUUACUUUGCAAAGUCUCUUGGACAAGAGAGAUAAACUAACAGCCAUGUUUUCUAGCAUGCUUCGACUUGUUGAUGGAGAUAAAAAGCCUACAAUGGGACUUUUGCAUGGAGAGUUAAUGGUAGCAAAGAAAGAGAUAAGUGAUGGACUGAAAAAUGUGGAAAAAAAUGUGAAGCCGAUAUUGAAUAUCAUCGAAGAAAGGAUUAAGGGUCGACUUGACAAUCUUUUGCAUUUGACAGGUUAUCUCUUGAACCCAUACCACUUCUACAAAGAUUCAAGCAAAGCGACCGAUGAUGAGAUAUCAAACGCAGUCUUUAAGUGUGUGGAUGCUUUUUUCCCAAAUGAUCUAACCACACAAUGUCAAGUCAUCAAUUCUGAAUUGGCGAUUUACAAAAAUAAAGAAGGGAAUUUUGGAAAACAAUGGGCUAUCUUAUGUUGCGAGAAGGAGGAUUAUGAUCCAGAAAUGCAGUUCCUAAUUUAG